AUUUAACAAACACGAUUAUAUGGAAACUUAAGGUUAAUCAAAUAACGUAAACUUAUCAGUUGUCGUUAUAUUUACGAACGUUAGAAUCGUUAACAUGGACGAUACCGGUAUUAAAAGGCGUGCUGGGGAGCGUCCGUCACGUCGAUCUUCUUUUUAUUAACCGUAAUUAGAAUUACAACGAAGAUGUAAUGGACGCUUGUUAGAUAUAAUUACGGCGAGUAUUUUAAAGUGAAUGACAAUUCAGUUGGUUCAAAGGUUUCUCUUUUAGUUUGUGGUGAUUGUGUUUUAGUUAGUGUGGCCAUGAUGGCGACCGGUUUUUCGAUUGCCUUGUAUUUUGCUUUUUAUUGUAAUCAAUUGAUUUUCGGCAACGGUCGUUCAUUGUUUCAGAUUUAGCUCAUACUGAAGAAAUUUAUUUUUUGUUCCAAGUCGUAUUGCUAAAAUGGUUAUCCAAGAUUUGCAAGCGUUUUUAGAAAGCCCAAAUUUAGAAGGGGGUGCAGUUUCUGUUGAUUUGUUGAAAAUAGCCCGAAAUGUCACGCAACGUCAACAACCCCAGUACCCUACCCGUAAAAUUAGGCCUAUUGGUAACAAACUUAAGCUUAUCAUGGAUGCAGAAUGUUGUUUAGAUAGACUUUAUGGUGGAUUCUUCUCUGAUUGGGCCUGUGGUGGCCAGUGGAAUCGAAUGGUUCAAUUUUUAUCAUUACUUAUGCAAGCAAUAGAAAGAGGAAAUAUUGAAUUAGCAAUCGUUUUUAAUGGAACAUCUGAACCACAACGCUUCUCAGAAUGGACAGCAGAGCAGGCCAAUAUAAGACAGAAAGUUGGAUUAGUUCUAAAACAUGUAAACAUGAAAGGCACACCACCACCGAAAAUUUGGUGGACUCCACCAACCUGUUUAAGGACAUCCUUGCGCAUGGCUCUUCGUCAUUUAAAUGCAGCUGUGAUGUGUACAAUGGACGAUCAUCAUCAGGAGGUGAUAGCGUAUUGUCGUGAGUACGGUUUUCAUGGUUUAUUGGCUGAUAAUGCAGAAUAUGCAGCUUUUGAUCCACCACGGUAUUUUUCUUCUGAACAUCUAAAACUUACUUAUAAAGGAUCACUUGAGACUAAGGAAUACAUGAUUGGGGAGCUUACAAAAGCUCUGGAACUUACUACAGAACAGGUUUGUGUUUUGGCAGCAAUUUUGGGCAACUUUUUACUACCUGAAGUUCAAAUGCAAGAUAUUUACAGGAAGAUAUUGGAAGCCACCGGAUCUAAAGAGGCGAAGUUGAGUGGCGAGACAGGGUUGAAGUCGAUCGCGGAAUUUGUCAGGACACUUUCACCUCCUUCGAACAUGGAUUCCUUGGUGGUGCAGUUAUUUGGGAGCGCCGACGACAAACGUGUUCCCGCUUUUAGACAAUCUGUACAGUAUUACCUAAACGGCACCGCUAACGGAUUCCUAAAAUAUUGCAGUGCUUCCGUGUUUAACUUUUUUAUAGCAAAUGGGAGAAAGGAUAAUUUGAAAGGGAACAAGAAGGGUAAUCAGAAUAAUAAUAAUAAUAUUAACAACGUUUCGAAUUCCAUUUCGAAAGGCGACGAGCCCGAAUUUGAUACGUCAGGGUUUGCUUCAGAAACCACUGAACAAGAGAUUGAAAGUCUUCAAAACUAUAAGCUGGCGACUGCAAACGCAGUAAUGUCGUCAGAUAUAAUGGUUGGUUUGCAGGAGAUGGAUUUGAAUUCGAUAAAGGGGGGAGAGUCGUCGCCUCUGUCGUCGGACAAUUCGCGUCUAAACGGUCACUCGGAAGUUUCCUUCAACAGUGCAGGAAGUGCAGCCACAUCUAACAACUUGACCAGUGCAAGUUCAGUCACCACCCGUAUCAAUCUCUUAGUUAGCUCCACUAGUUCCAACACCAGCAGUGUUCCCACGUCACCCAAACAUGGGGAACAGAAACAACAACAAUCAGUAAAUCCGAAUCCAGUGAAACCGACGGUAUCAUUGGACGUUCUGCGAACGGCUUCGUUACGACAUCAGAAGGGACUGAUGGCUCCACUCAUUCUCCACGUCCUGAGCACCCAGGAAGUUCGAUUACCCUGUCUCAUGGAGGACGAAAAUUAUCGUGAGUUCCCGCCGAUCCACGAGAUUUAUAGGCCGUUACGUCAACGUGUCUACGCUGUUCUAUUCAAUCUACACCACCUUCGUUAUGUACACAGCAAAAAGAAAGAAGCGGGUGAGGUGGCCGACAACAGUCCCCAGCCGGACAUCAUAGUGAAAGAGUGGGUUUAUAGUCGUGCUAAUCCUUACCAGCAUGCGGAACAGGUGAAAGCGGAUCCCUUACCGUGGGCGGUACCGACGUUAAAUCGCCUUUGGUUCGGUCCUUCACUUGACGACAAAAGGAGGCGAAUGCGUGCACUCCUGUCCUGUCUAAAUUCUGACACCCCCCUCAUUCUGAACACUUCGUAUGUGCCUCAACACAUGCUCGUGAUGGCUUGCGUGCUCCGUUACAUCAUGUCACAGGGGUGGGCAAUACUACGACGCCAAGAACUAGACGCUUUCAUCGCAGCCGCCUUCAGUCCUGAUCUCAUGAACGCCCAGUAUUUACAAGAUUUAACGUUGACAAUGGUGACGAGUCGCGGGGUCCAAUUGGCCGCGAUAUUCAUGGAGGGCGUGGAGAUGGCACUUUUGGCGAACGACGCGUGCGGCGCCCCCUUGCCGUGGCUUAUGUGUUGCCCUUGGCUAUAUUUCGACGGUAAACUGUUCCAUCAUACUCUCGCCCGUACUAUGCAUUCCAAGAACUUGCUCGAACUCUGCGAGAAUCAUAUCGAAUGGGUUGUAAAAGUAGAACGUAUGCGAAAGGCCGUGCUCGAAGGUCUCGACGUUCAAUUUGCCAAAUUACCCUUGCCGCCGUUUACAGGAUUGUUGCGCCAGGGAAUGCCCCCACCAUGUAAUUUGCCGACAGUACCGUUGCCGUCAACCAGGGGGGCUGCAGGAUUGAGGCAGAGGCCGAUACCGUCCCGAGGAGGACAGUUGCAAGUAGCGGGAGUAGUGGUUGGAUCGUGGGGAGCCAACUACGGUUAUAUGAGGCAACAGCCCCAAGUAACUGGUGGUCGGGGACGCGGUUUCAGUCCCCACUAUAACCAGGGACAGAAUCGAAAACCGGGACCUCCCACCUACAAUGUCAACAAGAAAAAUAACGCCAACAGGAAGAAAGCCAAGAGUAAUCAGCAAAGGCAACAGGCGACCGCACCAAAAGGUCGGGGAAUGACGGUUAAAACGAACAAGGGGGACGUUCUUGCGACUGAUCUUCUCAAGAACGAGACCAUCUUCUCGCCGGAGGAGGUCGCUUUUGAGGACUGCAAGUCAGCGACCGCGUCCCGCGAGCACCAUGGCCAAGGCGACGCGCCCACCGCGACCCACGUGGACGUGAUCGCGCCCUCUUUGUAAUAAGGACGCCCCGUCCUCGCUUCCCCUUGUGUUCCAUCAUCCCUUCGUAUUCGGCGUAUGUAAGUACACUAUAAAUGAACGUAAAACUUUUAGUUCGCGCGUGAACUUGUGUCCACACCUAACUUCACCACCCCUCGUGAGUGUUUAUAAAUACGCGUAGGCAACGUUUAUUUCCUUCUGCCCUUUGCUAUUCCCCAUACUUCCUCGGACCAUUCGAUCUCGUAUACACGCGCGCGUAUGUUCAAGCUUUUGCUUCCCGCUCUUCGAGUUACCCCGUUCCCCUAUUUUUUUUUCCUAUUAUCGAGUAAUUCUUUUGGUUUGUUUAAUUUCUUACGUAAAUUUUUUUUUGCAUUGGAACAAAGAUUAAUAUUAUAUCGUCGAUUUUUACAAAGUGCUUUUUGGAGUUACGUUAUAUUAUUAUUAUUGAGUUCUAAGUUUAUGAUAAUAUGAUAACAUUUCGUAAUCAUUCGGGAUAUAGUAUAUAAUGUAUAUGUAUUCGUAAUGAGGUGGACAAAAGUGUUGGAGAAACGCUGGGAUAUUCGAUCCUGUACGCUUUCGUGUAGAAUUGUCUUUUUCUCCGCCGCCCAUUGUCCGUCUCCCUCCCCAUCGAUCGUCUCGUCCUCCGCGGCACGGUGUACACGAAUACGUGUGCUCUAUGAGCACGGGCUGUUUGCCGUUCAAUUUUUCGUGUGUUUCUCAUUCUUAUUUGUUAAUAUAUUUUGGUCUAUAGUUUUUGAGAGUUUAGGACACGGGGGUGUGGGUGUGUGUGUAGUCCAUCUAAAAAUAAAGAUUACCGCGUGUGGUGUGACCUUUGGUCUAUCCGGCCCAGCGUUGCAACGCUGACCACAACUGCGAAGACAUUUAUUUUUAUUUUUUGUAUAAUAUUAAGACACGUACCUACCUACACGCUACACGACCGCUGACGAGGAAUUUGAAUUCAUCAAACUCAGAAAAUAAAUAUAACGAUGAUUAUAACAAAUAAAAACCAGACAGAUCAACAAAGAGAAGAGAUUAUUAAUGUAUUACGUUGCGGUAAUACUUGCUGGUCUGGAGGCACACAGGGUGACGUAUGUUGUAGUAGUGGGGCGUUAGACGUACCAGUACUGCCCUCUUGUGUUCGAAGAGUUAGUGCGUAAACGUGCCCCCCAAACCUGGCGCGCGCGCGACCGUUUACGCCGACUGAUUGUUUGAUCCAAAAACAUAAAUAAAAAACAAACAAAAAAAUAAGAAAAUAAAAAACAAAUGUAUAUUUUUGUAUGUUUGUUACGCUAUUGUUAUUAUUAAAUGUAAUAAUGAUAAUAUAUCGACUGAGAGAAACGCCUGUCAUGGCUGUGAUUCGAUUGUAUUUAUUUAUACAUUAGAAAAGGAUCUGUUGGUUAGUGUCCUUGGCCGAACAGAAAAUUUACGAAUGUCUACACGCCCUUUGCAGCGACUUUUUAUAUAUUUAUGUUAUAUAAAGUGUACAUUUCUGAUAACGAUGGUGUUGUUUGUUGAGGGCUCGCGAUCACGUUGUAUGCAUAUGUUAAUUUUUAUUCUUUUUCGUUAGUAUUGUUUGUUUUGCAAAGGCGAAAAUCGUAUCGUAACUUUUGUAUUCUGCCAAGGUGUUUGUGGUGAUGAAAGAUAUGAAUAGUAAAAGAGAAGAACGUUUUGGUGCGAUUCUGUAAAAAGCAAAAACCGAUUCACUCAGCCAAAAAAAAUAAUAAAUAGUAAACAUCCUGCAUUUGAGAGACUGGAAUUUUCUAAACUUGUAUUAAAAAGCCUAACGAAUUUCCAUAAAACAAAAACGGAAAAGAGUAGCGCAACUUUAUGAUAUUGGUACGAACUUCGGACGAAUCUUUAACUCAAAAACCAACCAUUUAUGGUAUUUCUUCUCAAUAGUUUAUUUACCUUUUAUGAGGGAGCUAAUUAUACAUAUAAUUUUUUGAGUUAAGGUUGUCCGUUGGUUGUGCAUUUUCCAAACAUUUGAAUCGUUAAAUGGUCAAUUUUGAAUGUAAUUUUUUGAGAAUGUAACAAUACAAUGCCCUGUAUAUGAAGUAUUAUACAUUUUUAAAUGAAAUAUCAAAAAGUCGU